AGAAAGAAAAGAUUUCACCUUUUUAUAGCACAAGUACCCCUCUCUUUCUCUCUUUUUGCUCGUUCGAAAAUCUAGGGUUUAGGGUUCACUUUCCUCUGUUUUACCUGAAAGAGAGAGAGAGAGAGAAAGAUUGGAUUUUUCAAUGGGGGAUAGAGGGAGACACGAAAUCGACUUAGCUUCAAGAAAAGCUGAGGAAGCAGCGCUGAGACGAUAUCAAGCAAUCCACUGGCUUGAUUAUUUAGAGGGGCCAUUGGGGAUUCCAAGCCAGGCAUCUGAGAGAGAGUUCCUUGCUUGCUUGAGAAAUGGCUUGAUUCUUUGCAAUGCGAUGAACAAGGUUAAGCCAGGCUCAGUUCCUAAGAUUGUUGAUAAUCACUUGCCUUCACAAUCAAUCAUCUGGGAUUCCCAGCCAUUGCCAGCAUUUCAGUAUUUCGAGAACAUUCGUAACUUUUUGGUAGCUGUUGAAGAGUUGAAAUUACCAGCUUUUGAGGCAUCUGUUUUCAAUAGGGAUAAUAUAGAGGCAGGGUCAUCAACAAAAGUCGUUGAUUGCAUUUUGGCACUCAAAGCAUAUAAUGAAUGGAGGCAAUUGACCGGAGGGAAUGGAUUUUAUAAGCCUCCUAGGUCUCCACUUGCUAUAAGUUCCGUUGGGAGGAUCAAUGCUCGGGCUCCAGUUGUAGUCAAUUCUGAUAGCCGGAGGCGUUUAGACAUGUCAGUUGGCUCUCAGAAAGAAUUAACAGCAGAAGUUGAUACCAAGAAUCUUGAAGGUUUAAUUGUCAAGUGUCUGGCUGAACGAAUGGUCGACAUGAAAGAAAACGUCAACGAUGACAUCUUCACUUCAUUUCAUAGAGGCAGUGUGAAUCCAAUAGACAUAUUCAGCAAGAUAUUGUCUUGUUGUGUUGAGGAAAAACUCCAGAACAAAUUUCCACAAAAGCAGUUGGAUUCGGAUUCGUCAAACUGCUGUGAUGAGACACGGAACUCACAGGCACCCUCAGUCUAUACCCCCCUUCAGGAGAUAACCAUCCCUGAGAAUCAAAAGGUUUGUAGAGCUUGUUUAAGAAAAGGAAAAUGCAACCAUUGGAAUCAAAUUACAGUGCAUGAAAAAGAGCUUUCGAACCUUAAGGUGUUAUUAUCAAGUGCAAAGAGUGAGCUCAAAGACCUGCAAUGUCAGUUACAAAGCGAUCUUAAACUACUCGGUGAUCAGGUCCUCGAGAUGUCUACAUCUGCUCUUGGAUAUAAGAAGUUGAUGAAAGAAAAUAGGAAUUUAUAUAACAUGGUUCAGGAUCUUAAGGGGAGUAUUCGAGUUUACUGCAGAAUCAGGCCUUCCUUCCUUGCUGAUGCAAAAAGUGCGAUAGAUUUUAUUGGAGAAGAUGGUUCUCUUGUGGUAGUUGAUCCGCUCAAAUCACAGAAAGAUGGAAGGAAGAGCUUUCAGUUUAAUCGAGUAUUUGGACCAACCGCUACUCAAGAAGAGGUUUUCAUAGACAUUAAGCCUCUUAUUCGAUCUGUGAUGGACGGUUAUAAUGUAUGCAUUUUUGCUUACGGUCAAACUGGAUCUGGCAAGACUUAUACAAUGUCUGGGCCUUCUGUUCGAUCGAUAAAGGAAUUGGGAAUCAACCAUUUAGCCCUCAAUGAUCUAUUCCAACUGUCAUAUGAGAGGAAGGAAAUCAUGAAUUACAACAUUUCUGUGCAAAUGGUUGAGAUAUAUAACGAGCAAAUCCGUGAUCUUCUUGCAGAAGAUUUGUCAACUGCAAAAUUAGAGAUUCGUAGUUGCGUGAGUGACACUGGAUUGGUUCUUCCCGAUGCUACUCUCCACCCCGUGGCAUCCAGCGAGGAUGUUCUUAGCCUGAUGCAGUUGGGAGAGGUGAACCGCGCUGUUGGCUGUACUGCCAUGAACACCCGAAGCAGUCGUUCUCACAGUGUGCUGAUUGUGCAUGUGCAUGGCGAAGAUACGUCUGGAAACAAGCUUCGGAGUUGCCUCAAUUUGGUGGAUCUGGCUGGGAGCGAGCGAGUUGAUAAAUCAGAAGUUACAGGAGACGGGCUCAAGGAAGCACAAUAUAUCAACAAAUCGCUUUCUAGCUUGGGAGAUGUUAUUACGGCUUUGGCACUGAAGAACUCUCACAUCCCUUACAGAAACAGCAAGCUCACACUGCUUCUGCAAAACUCGUUAGGAGGACAGGCGAAAAUGCUCAUGUUUGCUCAUGUGAGCCCCGAAGAGGAGUCGUUCGGGGAAAGUUUGAGUACUCUGAAGUUUGCUCAGAGGGCGUCGACUGUUGAGCUUGGCGCAGCUCGUUCGAAUAAAGAGAGCAGCGAGGUUAUAGAGCUGAAAGCUCAGGUUGAGAGCUUGAAGAAGGCAUUGGCCAGCAAAGGAGCGCUUGGUUCUCAAGCUAUGAAACCGAGAGAAGCCAGGACACCACCGCCAUUACAGAAGCCUCGAGCAGGCCACGAGAGGACUACUCCACAAACCAGGAGGUUGAGCACUGAAAACUGCAUUGCUGCUAAAGUAGAAAAGACCACGACGCCUUUGGUGGUGAGCACACGCCCCAGAUCACGAAGGCUAAGCCUAGAAGGGCCGAGAGGCGUUGGUGCUCCUCGAAGUCCUAUAGGAGGAUCUGCUGUCAAAAAAGACGUUACUCCCCCUCCUCGAAGUCCUAUAGGAGGAUCUGCUGUCAAAAACCAACUUACUCCUCCUCGCUCGCCUAUUUCUGUUUCUGCUUUGAUGGCUCCUCAAAGUCCUUUAGAUUCUGCUGUCAAACGCCAAGUUCCUCCUCCUCGCAGCCCGACCAGUUCAGCUUCCAAUAUCCUUUUCGCUCCUCCUCGUAGUCCAACAUCUGCUGCAUUCAAGAACCGAGGAGCAAAAGCAGCAACAACCCAACUUCCCAAAACGCCUGAACCAGCAGUGUCGUCUAGAAAUGAAGCCUCCCGGGGGAUCUUAAGCGAGCGCACUGUUUCUUCAUCACUUCAAACGCCCGCCCUGACAGUCAGAAAGACUUCUCAAAUCAGAAAAUCUCUCAGGACCAUAGGAAAGCUCAUCAAUGGAUCCGAUAAAAGGAGCCAACGUAGUAAGAUGGAGGAAACAGCACCCGUAUCACCAUUGAAAAACGCCAUAAGAAGCAGCCUAAAGGAUGCAAAGUCACCAAUCGCUUCUAGUGCAGCAAGAACGCUAAGAAGGCAAUCACUCACUGGCAUCCUUCCACCCGAGAAUUCAAGAAGAUCUUCACUUGGCUGGAAAUAACCAACAACUGUUGUGUCUUAUGAAUGAACCAAAUGAGAUUUUGCUCUCUUCUUGGUGGCAUCACUUACAUAGUUAGAUUGAAAGCUAACAAAAAUAAAAAUCUCUUCUUGAGUUUUGUAUUAAUUACUACUGUAUUAUAACACUGGAAUAUUAUUAGAGUAUUAGUCCUUUUACUUGAACCUAUAGUUCAAGUUGAAGAAGCUGCUUCUUUUUAAGCAAAGUGUUGAGCUUCAGUCUUUUGACCA